ACACCAGAAAACCAUCGCAGCACUCCCGUCACUGCGCUUCGUGAAUUCAUUGAGAUAGGCUGUCACGGCGAUUGCGUGCGAUGGGUAUCUGUGCAUUGGGUGUUUCAUCUUUAGAACUGCUGUACAGUAGGCAAUUUUUUUUUUGCAUGUUUGUGGAUAAGCAACAAUGGUAAAGCUCAGUGCAAUUGUUGGGAUCAUCUUGAGGUGCUAUGAUUUCGUGAGAAUGUGCUAGAAUUGGGUAUCGAGGAGUUGAGCAGCGCGGGAUUGACGUGGGUUUGCUGCUUUGUUUGCACAUGCGAAGACUAGGCGCAAGGGUGAGAAGUGAUUUGGCGCAGCGGGGGUGGAAUUGAGGAAGGAGAGUGGGGUUUAGGGUUUUUUCAAGGUAUACCAAGAUGAAUAAGGUGAAUGUAGAGCGCGUGCUGGCCGUGGUGAAGCAGAGGUCCGGGGAGUUUAUGGGUGCAGUCAAGGAUACAGCCUUGGAAUUGUCAUGGGAUGUGCGUGAUGCAGCGGAUGCGGGCUUUGGCGUGCCCAGGCUCAUUUCCAAUGUUGCAUCCCUUUCCGUGGCGGUUGUGGCAGCCUCAGGAACAGCAGCUAUUGCAUUGGAUGGCGUUGGCAAAGUGUUUGGCAAAAGGGAAUGCACUGAUUGCAACGGCUGGGAAGGGUUGCGCUGCACCAUGUGUGCGGGCAAAGGUCUGGUGGGGUAUUUUGUGAAGGACCUCGAAUCGGGACAGGGCGAUUCGGUUGAGAGCUUGGCAGGGGCAAUAGCUGGUGGGGCUGCAAAUUUGACUUGUGUUCCUGCAUCUGUGAAUUCAGGCCUCCCAUUGCCCCGCCGAGAAUGUCCAACUUGUGAUGGCACGGGAGUUAUGACAUGUAAGAAGUGCAAAGGCGAGUCGUGGAAACCAAAGAUGAACUUUGAGGACAUAAUGGAUGUUCCUUGGAAAGCAUGGAAUGUGUACAGGAAGACUAAACCGCCUACUGAGUCACAAGAUCGGCUGAUGUCAAAUCCGGACUUGGCCUAUUGGAUGAUGUUCGAGAAGCCUGCUAUCGAGGAUGGCGUAGAGUAUGAUGAUGAUGUCAAAGAAAAGAUGUGGAUGAAGUACAUGGACGACAGGCGUUAUGAAGAAUUGCGCGAAAGAGUGGAAAGAAGAGAAGCUGGGUGGGAGGUCUUACAACAGGGUUUAGUGAGCAUUAAUCCAGAACGAGCUAGACAAGAUCCUGUAAUAGUGCAGAAUGUACCCUUUCAUAAAGCUCAGUUGCAACUUCUAGCCGAAGUGGAAGGAAUGCAACCUCCCCCAAGGCCUGCGAAUUGGGGGAAUGUAAAACUUCCCUUGUCUGAAGCGGAUUGGCGUAAGGAAGAUUUGAAAAAUCCCAAGGUGAGGCAAGAGAUGGAGACGUUACUAAAAACCCAAGAAGGGGUUUAUGGAGCAUUACUAGACAAUGCCUGGGAAAAUCAGUGGCGCGAGCAGCAGCUCGAGAUACUUACCAAGGCGAAGAUUGAGUCAUACCUACGUUCCAAACAAGAGGAAGAGCAAAAUCCUGGAUCUUCUACCCCAGGUAGUGAGGGACGAACUGGCAAAGGUGCUCCUUCCACGAGCACAAGAGAUACCAAUGCUUCUACUCAGAAGAGUCGCGGGAAAAAAGGCGUUGAUGAUAAGAAGAAGAAAGAACGGCAGGAGAGGGCAGAAAGAUUGGCCAGGCAAGCUGCUGAACGUGAAGCUGCUCUUGCAAAAGGCAAAGCUGCCCGAUCAGGGAGGAGUUGAUUGUCUUAUUUUUGCCGUCGAUAUUUAUGCCCUUUCCGUAGGAUUAGAUUCAGAGAUCAGAGGACGACGUUCUUAAUGAAGUUAAGUCCACUUCGGAAGGUCGAUUGCCACGAAAGAGAAAGCCAAAUCUUGCUAGAUUCAAUAGAGUAUUAGCAUGUUUCAAUGCUGAAGGUUAUAAACGGGACUGUUUGAAAGCAUAAAGAUGAGCAUUGUCUGCAUUAUUGA